UGCCCUUUCUAUCCACGCCCGGUGGUGGCGGCUUAGUGGCGGCUUGAGCCAUCAGAAUUUUUUAAAUAUACCCUGCAGUUUAAUGUUAAUUACGAAAAAAUGGAUACAAGGGAGCUGACGGAAAUAUUGCGCGCAACUAUUGACCCAAAUCAGAGACAGCAAGCAGAAGAACAACUCGCUCGGAUACAUAAAAUUAUUGGGUUUGCACCAUCAUUGCUGCAAGGGGUUAUGCUAAAUGAUGUUCCACUACCAGUGAGACAGGCUGGUGUUAUUUAUUUAAAGAACCUAGUUACAUCGGGAUGGCAGGAAAAAGAAGCAGAAGAUGGAGAACCAAUUCCAUUUAGCAUACAUGAACAGGAUCGCGCUAUGGUCAGAGACAUGAUAGUGGAUGCAAUUGUACAAGCUCCAGAUAUCAUACGAGUGCAGCUUUGUGUUUGUCUCAAGACUAUGAUUAAACAUGAUUUUCCGUCUCGGUGGCCUCAAAUCGUUGAUAAAAUCCACAUUUACUUGCAAAACCAUGAACCCAAUAGUUGGAUGGGAGCUCUGUUAUGUUUGUACCAGUUAAUUAAAAGCUACGAGUACCAUGCGGCAGAAAAAAGAGGCCCUCUUAUUGAAGCUAUGAACUUGUUGUUGCCUAUGAUGUAUAAUCUAAUAGUGAACCUUCAAGCUGAUCAAUCCGUAGAAUCUGUGCUUAUACAAAAACAAAUACUCAAAUGUUUUUAUGGAUUAAUAAAAUAUAUUUUACCUCUGGGCUUGAUCACCAAUGAGGUGUUUACCAAGUGGAUGGAGGUGUUGAGAUCGGUCAUGGAGCAGCCUAUUCCAGAGCAUACUUUACAAGUUGAGGAGGAUGAACGCAUGGAGCUACCUUGGUGGAAGUGCAAGAAAUGGGCAGUGCACACUUUAUACAGAUUAUUUGAAAGGUAUGGAAGUCCAGUUAACGCUCGUGAGGAAUAUGUCCAGUUUGCAGAGUGGUAUUUAACGACCUUCACAGGGGGAAUUUUAGAGGUUUUACUUAAAAUCCUGGAUCAGUACAGGCAAAAAGUAUACAUAUCGCCAAGAGUGCUGCAACAAACUAUAAGUUACAUAGACCAGUGCGUUAGCCAUGCACACUCGUGGAAAUUGUUAAAACCUCAUAUGUUUGCCAUCAUACAAGAUGUACUAUUUCCACUUAUGUCCUACUCGGAGGCUGAUGAGGAGCUAUGGUUCAGUGAUCCCCAUGAGUAUAUACGCAUCAAAUUCGAUAUUUUCGAAGAUUUCGUCUCUCCUGUAACUGCUGCACAAUCACUGCUUAUGUCAUGCUGCAAAAAGCGAAAGGAUAUGUUAGAAAGAACAAUGCACCUUUGCAUGCAAGUGCUGACAAGUCAAGGUGGAGAAUAUGGGCCACGACAGAGAGAUGGAGCUUUGCAUAUGGUGGGAACCUUAAACGAUAUCCUUAUAAAGAAAAAAUUCUACAAGGAUGAAAUUGAUUCUUUGCUUAGUCAAUAUGUUUUCCCAGAAUUUCAUAGUCAAUUAGGUUACAUGAGAGCAAGGGCUUGUUGGGUUCUGCACUGUUUUGCCGGCGUUCGCUUCAAAAGUGAACCACUACUGGUAGAAGCUGUCCGUCUCACUGUGAAUGCUCUGCUAAAUGAUUCAGAUUUACCUGUCAAAGUAGAAGCAGCGAUCGCACUUCAAAUGCUGUUAACAUCUCAAGAAAAAGUACACAAAUUAUUAGGACCACAAGUUAAAGCUGUCACAACAGAGCUACUUAAAGUGAUUCGUGAAACAGAAAAUGAUAAUAUCGCAAAUGUACUGCAAAAGAUUGUGCCACUGUACACCGAAGAACUGAUGCCAAUGGCUUAUGAGAUCAUGGAUCAUUUAGCGACAACCUUCAGUAAUGUCAUUGAAACUGAUUCUGGAACAGACGAAAAAGCCAUUACAGCUAUGGGUCUACUUAACACAAUGCAAACAGUGCUAAAUGUCAUGGAGGACAAUCCUGAAAUAAUGGCGCAGUUAGAAAAAACUGUUUUACAUGUUGUUGGACACAUUCUUCAUCACAAUAUUAUAGAGUACUAUGAAGAAGCCAUGACCUUGUUAUGUAAUUUAACUGCAAAAACAAUAUCAGAAGAUAUGUGGAAAGUGCUACAGAUGUUGUAUCAGGUGUUUGAAAAGGAAGGAUAUGAUUAUUUCACGGAUAUGAUGCCUGUCCUCCACAACUACAUAACCAUAGACACGAAUGCCUUUCUUUCAAACGAGAAUCACAUAUUAGCUAUGUUCAACAUGGCCAAAGCGGUCCUUAACUCUGACGCGGAAGACGAAUCGGAGGUUUAUGCAGCGAAACUUCUUGAAGUAAUUGUUUUACAAUGCUCAGGGAAAAUAGACAACUGUUUACGGUCAUUUGUUGAGCUUGUUCUUAGCAGGCUGACGAGAAAGGUCAAGACUUCAGAACUUAGAACUAUGUUACUACAGGUGCUGAUCGCUAUCUUGUACUGCAAUCCACACCUGCUGUUCACGAUCCUCGAAAGUCUUCAAGAAUCUGUGCCUAAUGCGUCCAUUACUCAACACUUUAUUAAACAGUGGAUUCACGACACAGACUGUUUUAUGGGGUUACAUGAUAGAAAAUUAUGUGUGCUAGGCAUUUGCACCCUCCUCGAAAUGGGUCCUCAGAGGCCAAACCUUGACGAGAUUUUGCCGAAAAUUCUUCCCUCGUGCUUAGUACUGUUUGAUGGUUUAAAGCGCGCUUACGAAGCGCGGGCUGAAGCCGAUGAAGACACGUCGUCCGAGGAAGAUGACGCGGAUGAUGACGAAGAGGUCUUAUCGAGUGACGACGACGACAUUGAUCAAAUGAACAGCGAAUAUCUCGAAAACCUCGCGAGAAUGGCGACAAAAAACAGCACUCAACAAGGCAUCAACAUGACAGCUAAGAUUGAAGAAUACGACAGUGAUGAUGAUGAAGAUGAUUUCGAACCAGAUGAAACUGCUAUUGAGUGCUACACAACACCGCUAGAUGAAAACGACUGUACUGUCGAUGAAUAUAUCAAAUUCAAAAACACAUUAUCAACUUUGUCUACAAGCGAGCCUGCCCUGUACCAUGCACUGACUAGCGUCUUAUCAGAACAACAACAGAAACAAUUAAAUGCUAUAUUUGUUUUGGCCGACCAACGCAAAGCUCAACAAGAUAGCAAACGCAUUGAACAAAGUGGUGGUUAUUCGUUUACUGUUCCAGCGCAAGUACCAACCACAUUUAAAUUUGGUUCAUAAUUAUUUAAUGUAGAACUUAAAAAGUGACGCAAUCGGAAUACUUGUGAAUAAAAAAUCAAAUCUAUCAUUAACAGCAAUAGAUGAAAUCCCAUAAAUAAUGAAAUAAAAAUUUUACAUUUUUUAUAUUUAACUUAAUUUUAAAAUGUUAUACCAGAUGCGUCGAAAUUAUUUUAAAAUGAGAUAUAUUAUUUAAGAAUGGAAUGUGAAUGGAAAGUUUUAAUAAUUAAAUAUAAUUAUGAAAACUUUCCCUUGAUUUUUAAAUUUGUUUAAUGUAAUUUUUUGUGUAACGU